UCUGGGGGAACAAUAAACUAGACUUAGGAGCCCACCACGGCCAGUAAAGCCACACAGAAAGCCUCUCUAAUUGCAGCUUGCUUUCUGUCUUUCUUUUUGUCUAUCAAUCUUUUCUUUUUCUUUCCUUCACUUUGUGCGGUUCCUGGUCUCCCCUCACAGCGGCGUUCAGCCUUGCACUACAAUGUCAGGGGUGGCUCCUCUGCAGGAGGCACACAAAGGUUAUGCUGCCCAAAAGUUGUCUGAGUCCACGUGAGAAAGAGAAGGGCUAAAGCCACACCGCUCCCUAAACCUGUUAGCUCUCCAGACAGCUCCAGCACCCAUUCCACAGAGGAGAGGAGCCAUGAGCAACCCCAUUGAACCCAGAAAUAUCACAGACGCCUUGGCGUCAGUCAUCCACAUCCCAGAGGCGCUGUCAGCCUCGUCCAUGCGAGGAGCGGUUGAGGAGGAUGAAAGGGACCUGAACAAAUCCCUGGGGGUCCAGUUCUUUCAGCAGAUCCUCAGCUCCGCCCCCAGGGUCCCCGACGAGCAGCACCGCACCUACAACGAGGAGGACUUUGAAUACCACCGUCACUCCUCGCACCACAUCCACCACCCCCUGUCCAAGCUUCCCUCUGAAGGGAGGAGGAAGAAGAGUGGCAAGAAGAAAAAAAAGGAAAAAGAGAGCAAGUACAGUUCCGGCCCAACCAGCAACACCACCAUUGAGGAAGGAGAGGAUGAGGAAGAUGAGGAGGAAGAGGGUGGAGAGAGCCACACCCAUCUCUCUGAGACAGAUUGUGACACCGUCAAAGAAGAUGUGCAUUUCUUUCUGUCAGAUGAAGAUUGCCUGGCCACACCUACCACAGACAGCCUCCACCCUGCCCGAGGGAUGGAGGUUGUGCCUCAGUCUGGCGUGGGCACCGAACCUGAAGAUGCCACCUCCACCGAAAAGCCCUGUCUGACCUUGUCCAGCAGUGACCCGUCCGACCCCACCUCUCUGACCCGCGUAGCCAGCCGCAGCUACGACCUGCAGGAGCGCCGGCGCACGGGCAACAUGACGGGCGCCGAGCAGGCCAAGUACCAGCGCAUCCCCACGGAUGAGAGCGAGGCGCAGACCCUGGCAUCGGCCGACCUGGACGGCAUUAAGAGCCAUCGUUUUGAGGAUGUCCCUGGGGUACGGAGACACCUGGUCAGAAAGAGCACCAAGGGCCAAGUGGUGCAUGUCGGCAAGGACCACCAGGAGACCAGCAUACGCAGCCAAAAAAAGGACCGGACCCCACAUGAGGUGUUUGUGGAGCUGAACGAGCUGAUCAUGGAUAAGAACCAGGAAAUGCAGUGGCGGGAAACGGCCCGUUGGAUCAAGUUUGAGGAGGACGUGGAAGAGGAGACGGAUCGAUGGGGUAAACCCCACGUGGCCUCGCUCUCCUUCCGCAGCCUGCUGGAGCUCCGCAAGACCAUCUCCCACGGGGCGGUGUUAUUGGACCUGGACCAGAAGACUCUGCCUGGCAUCGCCCACCAGGUGGUGGAGCAGAUGAUCAUCUCAGACCAGAUUAAGGCAGAGGACCGCGCAAACGUGCUCCGAGCCCUGCUUCUCAAACAUAGUCACCCGAGUGACGAGAAGGAGCACAGCCACAACCCCUUCCCCAGGAACAUCUCUGCGGCCAGCCUGGGCAGCCUGCUGCCCCACCACCACAGCUCCAACCACAUCCAACAGCCAGAGCCCUCCGUCACAGACCCCCUCAUGGGCUCGGCCUGCUCGGGGGAACAGGAGACACGCAUUGACAUGGAGAAGAACGACCUGCAGAAGGAGUCGACUCCAAAUAUUGGCAUGCACAGAUCCAAGUCCAAGCAUGAGCUCAAGCUGCUGGAGAAGAUUCCAGAGAACGCUGAGGCCACUGUUGUCCUUGUGGGCAGUGUGGACUUCCUGGAGCAGCCCACCAUGGCGUUUGUCCGGCUGCAGGAGGCGCAGGAGCUGGACUCUGUCCUGGAGGUCCCCGUGCCCGUCAGGUUCAUCUUCGUCCUGCUGGGACCUCCCAGCACCAACAUGGACUACCACCAGAUCGGACGCUCCAUCUCCACACUCAUGUCUGACAAGCACUUCCAUGAGUCGGCCUACCUGGCGGACGACCGUCAGGACCUGCUCAACGCCAUCAACAGCUUCCUGGACUGCAGCAUCGUGCUGCCCCCCUCGGAGAUGGGUGGUGAGGAGCUGCUGCACUCUGUCUCUCGCUUCCAGAAGGAGAUGCUCCGCAAGAGGGAGGAGCAAGGAGCCCUGCUGGCCAAGGAGCCCAAAAGCCAGGAAGAGAAAGAGGCCCUUCUAUCGCCCGGAAAGCUGGGAGACGACCCCCUGCAGCGUACGGGACGCCCCUUCGGCGGCCUGAUCCGGGACGUGAAGCGCCGCUACCCAAAGUACGUGAGCGACUUCAAGGACGCGCUGAACGCCCAGUGCGCGGCGGCCGUCAUCUUCAUCUACUUCGCUGCCCUCUCCCCCGCCAUCACCUUCGGAGGCCUCCUGGGUGAGAAGACUGAGGGUCUGAUCGGUGUGUCUGAGCUGAUCGUGGCCACAGCGGUGCAGGGCAUUCUCUUCUGCGUCUUGGGGGCCCAGCCGCUCCUGGUGGUGGGCUUUUCUGGACCCCUGCUCGUCUUUGAAGAGGCCUUCUACUCUUUCUGUAAGGGGAACGGGGUGGAAUACCUGACGGGCCGGGUGUGGAUCGGCUUCUGGCUCAUCAUCAUCGUGGUGAUGACGGUGGCCUUGGAGGGCAGUUUCCUGGUUCGCUUUGUCUCACGCUUCACCCAAGAGAUCUUCUCCUUCCUCAUCUCACUCAUCUUCAUCUUCGAGACCUUCUCCAAGAUAGGCAAGACUUUCGUGGAUCACCCGCUGCAGCGCUGUUACCUUGACAACAGCACUGCGGAGAACACCACGAUGGAGAAUAGCCCCCUGGAGCUGUUGCUUGGCAACGGCACCAUUUCGGUGGUGCCGGUGAAGGUCCGGAGGGAACCCAACACAGCACUGCUCUCCCUGGUGCUCAUGUCUGGAACCUUCUUUAUUGCAUUCUACCUGCGCAAGUUCAAAAACAGUGCCUUCUUCCCUGGCAAGCUCCGUAGGAUCAUUGGAGAUUUCGGGGUCCCCAUAGCCAUCCUCAUCAUGGUCCUAGUGGACUACAGUAUAAGUGACACUUACACACAGAAACUGAGCGUGCCCAGUGGCUUCUCUGUGACCAGUCCUGAGAAGCGUGGCUGGGUGAUCAACCCCCUGGGCAUGGACACCCCGUUCCCCAUCUGGAUGAUGUUCGGCAGCGUACUGCCCGCCCUGCUGGUCUUCAUUCUCAUCUUCAUGGAGACACAGAUCACCACGCUGAUAGUGAGUAAGAAGGAGCGGAUGCUGGUGAAGGGUUCUGGCUUCCACCUGGACCUGCUGGUGAUCGUGGUGUUGGGCGGCACCUCGGCCCUGUUCGGCCUGCCCUGGAUGGCUGCUGCCACCGUGCGCUCCGUCACACACGCCAACGCCCUCACCGUCAUGAGCAAGGCGGUCGCCCCAGGUGACAAGCCCCGCAUCCAGGAGGUCAAGGAGCAGCGGGUCACAGGGUUGCUGGUGGCCAUCUUAGUAGGCCUUUCCAUCGUGAUCGGAGACCUCUUGCGUCAGAUCCCCAUCGCUGUGCUGUUUGGCAUCUUCCUCUAUAUGGGCGUGAUGUCACUCAACGGCAUCCAGUUCACAGAGCGCCUGAUGCUACUGCUGAUGCCCCCCAAGUACCACCCAGACCACACCUACGUCCGCAAGGUGAAAACGCUGCGAAUGCACCUGUACACGCUGAUCCAGCUGGUGUGUCUGGCAGCGCUGUGGGCCGUGAUGUCCACCGCGGCCUCGCUGGCCUUCCCCUUCGUUCUCAUCCUCACCGUCCCAGUCAAGAUGUUUCUGCUGUCGCGCAUCUUCACCACCCGAGAGAUGCAGUGUCUGGAUUCUGAUGACGCAGAGCCCAUCUUUGAUGAGAGAGAGGUCCAUGACGAAUACUCAGAGAUGCACAUGCCUGUGUGACCCACACCAUCAUAUACCUACCUACCGCUGGAUUCCUCCCUCAGUGGCCAAACCAACCUGCCAAUCACUCUACCAACUAAUGAGAAGCCUGUCCAAGGGAUCCACCAGCAAAACCCUAUAUACCUAAAUGAUAGACCCUCAGACUAUCAUUGAGCUCUGUUGGUCCUGGCUUCCAUUGGUUUAACCACACCUGACAAAGGGUAAAGAUGUCGCAUGCAGGUUCCCUUUAAUCUCAUUCACUUGGACAGAGUUCAAUUGGAUGCCAUGAGUGAUUCAACGUUUUCAUGACAAUAAACAAGCGGUCUCAUGAUGACACACAGCAGGAAAUGGAGACCCAUUAUAGGGGGCACAUCAUGUCAUCGGAAGGGGUCAGGGGUUAGGGGUCAUAACCCAACAGAGCACUUUGUGGCGUUAGGGAUGAAUACCGACUGAAAGGUCCAACCAGUUCAGCAUAUUUAUUUUAUUCAUCAUCCAUGUUUUUAUAUAUUGCUACAUAUUUUAAAAUAUGUCAGUGGAGGAGAGGUUCAAAUUAAAUUGUGUUAUAUAGAUUUCUAAUUUCAAGGUUUAUUCCAAUGAGAUAUAUAUAUACAGUGGGGAGAACAAGUAUUUGAUACACUGCCGAUUUUGCAGGUUUUCCUACUUACA